AUGAUGACCCUUUGCUUCUGGUGGUUUUGGACUGGACCCUGUUUAUUAGGCCUCGGCUUGGCAACGCCCCCUUUACGUCCCUGUUCGUCACCCGUCAAACAUGACUCGCCCAAAGCAAGUCAAACGAGGGACAACCACCACAGGACGCAGAUAGACGACCCCGAAGUAGAGCAGAACGGCAACCUCCGCCAGCGGCCGCGCGGGCGAGAUGCCUCACUUCGGAAGGUGCCCAAUAUCCCCGCGAUGGUUAAGAGGCGGGGCGAACGAACAACCCCCAAUGUCCUUCCUGUCCUCGAUAGCGCGCCCCCGGGGGAGCCAACCGGUGGCCCCGACCGUAUGAGGAGGGGGGGUAAGAGGAGCUCGUCCGUGACCCUGAUCCUGGUGAAGUGA